AGUCAGUUCUCAACAAUUUGGACAUUUUAUAUAUUUCUCUCCCCGCAGGAACUUUCCUCUUUUUACCAAACACACUCAUAAGGAAAGGCGGAGAGAAAUUAUGCUUUUUGCUGAUCUAUUACUUCGCCAAUUCUUCUUGCUGAAGCAAACAUCGAGAAAUUCUCCAUUUUCGUUGUAACCCAAAUCCCAUUUGCACGUAUAAAGGUUUGAUAGAACAGUAAUAUGAUUGAUUGAGUUACAUAGACUGGGAAAAAGGAGAGGAAUAAAGAGGCGCAUGCACCUUCUUCUGGUUAAUUUGUGCACCUGGAAAAUACAAAUAAUAAAGAGUAUCUGUAUCUGAGGAAGACAACUAGGAUGCGUAGGUGGCUGUGUUGUACAUGCCAAGUUGAGGAGCCUUACCAAUCAAAUGAAAAUGAGAUCCAUAAGAGUCCAAACAAUCAUGCUGAUGGGCAUCAAAGAGGCCCUAAGGUGCCAGCUCUUGUGAAGCCUGAAGUUCAGAAGGCAGCACCUGUUAUUGAGGUGCCUGCGCUGUCUCUCGAGGAACUGAAAGAGAAAACUGACAAUUUUGGAUCUAAGGCAUUAAUCGGUGAAGGAUCUUAUGGAAGAGUAUACUUAGCACAGUUAAAUGAUGGCAAGGAGGUGGCUGUCAAGAAGCUUGAUGUGUCAUCUGAGCCUGAUUCAAAUGUGGAGUUCUUGACUCAGGUUUCCAUGGUGUCGAGAUUGAAGCAUGAAAAUCUUGUAGAGUUGCUUGGCUACUGUGUAGAAGGCAAUCUUCGUGUCUUAGCUUAUGAGUUUGCAACUAUGGGAUCUCUACAUGACAUUUUACAUGGAAGGAAAGGAGUACAAGGUGCGCAGCCUGGUCCUGUACUUGACUGGAUGCAAAGGGUAAGAAUUGCUGUUGACGCUGCGAGGGGGCUGGAAUAUUUGCAUGAGAAGGUGCAGCCUUCAAUAAUACACAGAGAUAUCAGAUCCAGCAAUGUUCUUCUCUUUGAAGACUAUAAAGCCAAAAUAGCAGAUUUUAAUCUAUCAAAUCAAGCUCCUGACAUGGCUGCUCGCCUUCAUUCUACUCGAGUUCUGGGAACAUUUGGUUAUCAUGCACCAGAAUAUGCAAUGACGGGACAGUUGACGCAGAAGAGUGAUGUGUAUAGCUUUGGGGUGGUUCUGCUUGAGCUUCUGACAGGAAGGAAGCCUGUUGAUCAUACUAUGCCCCGUGGGCAACAGAGUCUUGUUACAUGGGCCACUCCAAGACUGAGCGAGGACAAAGUUAAACAAUGUGUAGAUCCAAAGCUUAAGGGAGAGUAUCCACCAAAGGGAGUUGCUAAGUUGGCUGCUGUUGCAGCAUUGUGCGUGCAGUACGAAGCUGAGUUUCGACCAAAUAUGAGCAUUGUUGUCAAGGCUCUACAGCCUCUCUUGAAGUCAACUGCUCCUGUUCCAGAGGUUUAGCGCCAAUAAAAUUGGAUACUCGUAAUGUUUGGAUUGCUGCAUGUUUUCCACAGUUUGGAUCAAUUUACGCUUGAAUUAUUUUAGUCGGGCCACAUUUAGUUUUUCAUUUUUUUUCCCAAGUUGAGACAUGUAGGAUUGGAUUCGGCUGCUGUGAUUCCUCUGUGUGGUUUGUUUUUGAGUCUCGACAUGUUUCAAUAUGGCAUUGAUGUGUUCCUAAAUCAUUUGCUUUUGUGUAUUUAAUUUAAUGAAUUUUGUCAUAGCUAUA